AUGUCAUCAAUUCGCUGGACUCUACUUUUCUUAUGUUUGUUGUUCAAACUUUCCACCAUCUCUUCGGCCUCUACUUCAAAGCUUUCUCAAAGAGACCUUCGACCUCGAAUGAUGGGGCGUGGUCUGGGUGACGCAAGCGAAAAAGGUGCCGAUGAUGCGGCACGUCUUCCAAAUAUGGCGUCAGGUAGUUUUCGAUCUUCCGGUGGUGGUGCUUCCAGUCCAAGCAGCGAUGCGAUGUCAGGUGGGGAAUGCGGGAAGUAUACAAUCGUCAGCGCCAGAGGAACAAGUGAAGAGCAAGAGAACCCUAAGGGAUAUGCUGGCUUUAUCAAAGGUCUCAUGAAGCAAGUACCAGGAGGAGCCAAUUAUGAAGUUGUCUAUCCAGCCACAACCGAUUAUUUGCACGGACCGCAGCAAGGUGCAACUGACGCGAUGGAAUACAUCCAGGAGCAAAUGUCAAAAUGCCCUUCUCAGGAACUAGUUUUGCUCGGAUAUUCAGAGGGUGCAAUGGUAAUAAUUCAAUUAUUGGCCCUGCAAGAUUUUCCAGCAGAAUCUGUCUCUUCAAUUAUCAUGUAUGGUAAUCCUUAUUGGCAAGCAGGAAAAUCUUGGAAUUAUGGAACAGCGAAAUCUGGAAAAGGUAUUGCAUCCGCCACUGGAAUUAAGCUUCCUCCCGCUUUUGGACCAAUAACGCAAGAUAUCUGUCUGGAUGGUGACAUCGUAUGCACCAGCUCUGGUGGAAUGAAAGUACAUUUUAAAUAUCCUGGCAGUCAGUACGAGAAAGAUGCAGUCGCAUUCUCCGCCGACAUGUUUGGUGAGGGUGAUCCACCCACGCCUGAUGCAUCGGAUGGUGGUGGUGUCGGCCCGAGAGAAGGUGUCGGUGAGUGUUGGUGA